AUGGAAGCCGCUACCGAAACACACAACGAUCUGGUCAACCUGCUCAACGAGAAGAACAUCGCUAUCACUGGACACAAAGCUGAAGCCGCCCAGAGCGCUGAAUCUGUUAACAAGAUUAUUGAAGAGAACUGCCAGCUCAAGGCUGAAGUUGAGCGUCUUCAAGCUGAGAUCAGGGAGCUCAGAAUCAAGCUGUGGGAUGCAACUGAGGAGGAACGCAAGAUGAACGCUGGACGUCUGCGUGAUGUG